CUUCGGGCCGCCGGGAAGGGGAUUUCUGACUUCGCGGCCGCCUCCGGUGUGUUUUGGUGGACUAAAAGGAUGAUGAUUGAGGAUCCGAAGAGAAAGAUGCUCAUUGUUCUUGCUGUCUUCUUACUGCUCAGCUCAGCACAAACAGGGAAUACAGACAGACUCUCAGGACAUCACUGCACUGACUUCCAGACAGCAAAUUUCCUACGGGGCAGUAAGCUUAAGGUCCAGUUUCUUCUAUUCACCUCUUCAAGCCCCAACUGUGGCAAGCUGAUUUUAGCAGAUGAUGGCAUUAAGAACUCUAGCUUCAACAGCAGCCUGGAAACCAAGAUCAUAAUCCAUGGUUUCAGGGCGUUGGGUACCAAACCUUCCUGGAUUGAAGGUCUUGUCCAUGCUAUACUGCACACAAGCCAGGUGAACGUGAUUGCAGUAGACUGGGUUUAUGGGUCCACAGGAGCCUAUCCAUCCGCAGUGGAAAAUGUCACACAGCUGGCCCUCUCCAUCUCACAAUUCAUCAGCAAGCUCCUGGCCCUGGGAGUCUCAGCGACAUCCAUCCACAUCAUUGGGGUGAGCCUCGGUGCACAUGUCGGGGGCCUGGUGGGGCAAUUCCAUGGUGGUCAGCUGGGACGGAUAACAGGCCUAGAUCCCGCAGGCCCUAAGUACACCAGAGCCAGCCCUGAGGAACGCCUGGAUCCUGGGGAUGCCCUCUUCGUGGAAGCCAUUCAUACCGAUGCUGACAAUUUUGGGAUCCAGAUUCCUGUAGGCCAUAUUGAUUAUUUCGUCAAUGGAGGCAAAGAUCAGCCAGGAUGCCCCUCAUUUAUCUCUUCAGGCUACAAGUACCUGAUCUGUGAUCACAUGAGGGCAGUACAUCUCUAUGUCAGUGCCUUGAAACAUUCCUGUCCAAUCAUGGCAUUCCCCUGUGCAAGUGAUCAAGAUUUUUUAAAUGGUCGUUGCCUGGACUGUGUUGAUCCCUUCCUGUUCUCCUGUCCCAGAAUAGGCCUGCUGGAGCAGGCAGGUGUCAACAUGAGAAAGCUGCCAAAGGAAGUGAAAGUUUAUUUAAUGACCAGUCCCUCAGCCCCAUUCUGUGUCCAUCACAGCCUGGUUGAGUUCCACUUGCAGAAGAAAAGAAAGAGAGUCACCAGCAUUGAGAUCACCUUCUGCAGCAACAGCACCCAGGACACAGCGAAGAUCACCAUACCUAAGCACCAGGAUAUGGGCAAACGACUGCUGGCCCACAGAGUUCCCCUCUGUCAGAUAAACAACGUGACACUGAAGUAUCUUUCCAAGAAUCGAUUUUGGAGGAAGGAUGAGUCAUUCAUCAUCGGCAAGUUCUGUGCAGCCCCACUGCCUCUUGAUAGCAACCGGACAAUGUCAUGCCUGCCCUGGAACCUCACCCUCCCCGGCAACACAGACGUCUCCUACAGGCUGCCCACUGCUUGUGCUUAGCACUGCCUUUGGAGCAUGCAGGCAUACCCACAACCGGAAAAGAAGGAUCCCUAAACCUAUCACUGCUCUCUGCUCACAGAUGAUACUUUCACCAUAAAACUGGAUGGGUGUUUUACUUCCCGUGUUAGGGACAGGAUGUCAAAGAAAAGAAGCAUGCAGCAGAUCGGUGAGUACAAGGCUGACUGGUUAUAUCAAGACCUCUCAAUUAAAAGACUGUAUUGGGACUUUUAUCUGUACCCAGCUCUGAAAGUGAAACAGGCAAGUCAUUUAAUCUCAAGGUUCACAUCUGUAUAAAAGAAAAAGGUAAUAUCACUCUUCCUUCAACAGGACUAUUGGGACGAUUCAUUUGUAUUUAAUGUUUAAGUGUCCUGAUAACUUCAUGUUAAAGACAAGAAAUACUAUUUUUCCUCAUCAAGGGGAAACUGUGUGGUUCAAGUUUGGCAUAGGAAAGAGUCAUUCUUGGCCAACACUCCAAUGGGAAACUCAUUAGUCCUAUCUACAAGACACUUUCCAAGUGAGACCCUAUUGAUUUCACAUUAGUGCUCCUGCUAAAUAAUCAGAAUGAAUCUCCUUCCCCGUGACAGGCCUGGAGCAGCUCUUCUGGCUGUUGGCUUGUUCUCUCUGAAGCUCACAUGAAGUGAAACAGGCACCAGGAGCAUGGCAGUGCUCUCGCAUCCAGUUUUGCACUGCUUUGAACCAGAAUAGAAGGUAGUAGGAGAAGAAUGGAGCAUCAUGGCUACAGGGCCACAAUUUAGUCCCAGGAACUUAGCACAGACUUUCAGGCCUGGAAAAGUAGCCAACAUUUGGAAGAAUUGGUGAAAGUUAAUAGUAUGAGACGUGUACAUAGAAACUGCCCUUACCCAUCCACACCUCUUCCACUGCCUUGAGGCGUAUGCAAAUUAAAGAAGAGAAGGUCUUACAUCACUUCUGCCCACAAACCACAUCUUCUGUAGACCAUUUUCUCUGGUUCCAUGGGCUGGCUUCACUGGGUGAUAGAGAAGUGCACCGGGAAUACCGUGGUCAGCAGAGAGGGACAUGCUAAAGCCACUUCUGCCGAGAAGGAGCCUCAGUCAUUUGGCAUGAGCUGUCACUACUGCUCCACUAGACAGCAUCACUGCAGCAUCAGCUCCUGAUUUCAGCUCACAUCCAAGCUUUUGGUCCCUGCCACAUGGCUGUUUGGAAGGACAGCUGACAAACACUGUCUCCAGCAUACGCUCAGGAGAGGGUUAGAGCUGGGCUCUGACCACCUAACCAUCCAGGUUA